CUUUGGAGUGUUCACUUGUGCUUUGUUUUCUGUGCUUCGUCAAAAGUAUCUACCACUGUGUCUCUAGUGACCGCACCUAAAAAUUAAUUUCCAUCUACAAAAGAUCAUCGGAAAACGUGUAAAAAUGAUGAAUAAGUGAUCAAUAUUCAUUGAAGUGAAGGUUUUUCUUUAUUAAUAAACCAAAAUUAUCCUGGUUUAAGCUUAAAAACGAAGCAUUUCGGGGAUGUGGAUGUGGAAAAAAUCUUAAAAAAAGAUUUACCUUCUUGUACACACCUUUAUAGAUAGAUACCUGUAUGCAAAAUAUUUGUGUGCUAGCUUUGUUCUCUUAAAGCAGUUUCUCCGCUUGUGUUUGAAUUUUUUAUUUUUGGUGAAAAGAAAACGAACGAAAAUCAAUCCAAUUUUUUGAUUUAUAAUAAGUCUAUUAAUUAACUGCCACUUUUAAGUUCAUAAUACCUGUAAGUUGCUGCUCGAGUGACUUUUUUGCUGCUGUUGUAAAGAUACGAUCUUAAAAGACACGUUCGAGUGCAUAAAAUAUAUAAAAAAAGGAACUUCACGCGUGCGGGACAGUACCAUUUAACUUGGGUUCCACAAACUUCAACAACAUUAUAGCUUUAAAGAAAACAACAACAACAGUAACAAGUAAACUCGCAAUUGUGAGGCAACAUUCUACACACGUUCCAGUGAUGUGCUUCUGCUUGCUGUGCACCCAAAGCAAAACAUAUCUACCUGCAUUCAAAAGUAUCUAACUAUCUAUCUAUUGACAUUCAAAGACCAAAUCGAGGGAGUUCAAUGCACACUCCACACUCUAUCUGUAGCUUUUCAUUCACGUAACAGCAACAGCAGCGCUUCGACGUUUUCUCAUAGUUUUUUGUUUUGUUUUUAGUGACUACGCGCCGAGCCGCCAUCCACAGUGCUACACAACACACUCUUUGGCGGGCUCACACAGAUACCCGAUAUACUGUGACUAUAGUGAGUGUUUCAGUGUUUGUAAAUUGGUUUUCCGACUUUUUACAGUUAUAUUUUGUUUAGUUCUUCGUAACGGUUCUUUGUGUGUAGAUGCAUUCUUAAUCUAGCUAAACUUGUUUUUAUUUUCGUUUUUUCCGUUCAUUCGGUUGGAUUGUUUGUUUAACCGUCUUGGCCCAUAACCGUGACGGUUCCAUGUGAUAAGCCACCCGCGCCCAAAAAACAGUUCGAAUUUAAAGUUUCCAUUGGUUCCUUAAAUUAGUGUGUCCUAAAUUCUUGAUUGUCAUAUGUACCUUUAAAAAUAAAUUGCCAGUGAAUAUGUCAUAGACGAAUGCCAAUGAAUCCGCAUCGAUGAAACAAGACGUGACUAUGACAGGUCUUGGACGACAGAAAAUGAGUAAUCGGAGAAGUGGUGGGCGCUCCGAUUUAAUUGUGAUAAUUUGUGUAAGUUUUUUGUUAUGCCUACUAAGUGCGGUAACGACGACAGUGGCUCAAAAAGGUGGAAGUGGAAGUGACAGUGCUUUUAGUGAGAAUGAAAUAGAUAUUGAUGAGGAUAAGCCCCAAAAUACCCUCAACCGUCCUGUAACCCAAAUACGUGGAGGUGAAAUUGUUGGUGAACGAAUCUUACGAGCUGUCGAGAGUCCUUAUGUAGUGACGGAAGACAUCGAGGUGCCAAAAGGCUCCAAGCUAACUAUCGAGCCCGGAGUGACAAUAGAAUUUUCCCCUUCAACUGGAAUAACUGUGCAAGGUGUCAUGAAUGCGGUUGGAACACCAACUAGAAGAAUUACUUUUACAUCCCGUGAUAGUUCCAACAGGGUUUUUCCUGACCCUGAGGAACUAGGAGCACGAUUAGUUGAUGGGCCGACUCCGCUUGAGGGACGAUUGCAAAUUUUCCACAAAGGACAAUGGCGUUCAGUUUGCACAAACUCUAGAAAUUGGACACAAAUGGAUUAUGAAACAAUGUGCCGGCAGAUGGGUUUUCGAGGCGGAAGAUUUUGGAAUUGGAUGGAACGUUCUGCAAAGAAGGUACCUCGUUUACUGUACGAGGAACCCAAGUGUCAAGGAACUGAAUCAUCGCUCUUUGAUUGCGCCUGGCUCACCAGACAGCUGGGCUCAGGAGUUUGUGAUUACCAUAGUGACAUAGGUAUACAAUGUAUUCCAGUCCAUAAGAAUGUCAUUGGACACUGGAGAGGACUGCGCUUCGAGAAUGCUCCAGCAGCCAAAUCGUUAGGUCUUGAUAACACAGUAUAUUCAGCAAUAUCACAAUCGGCAUUGAAAUAUGUGGACAUUUUGAAAGCCGGAUAUGGACGGGAAGGAGAUGCAAAGUCGGCCCUAGAAGUUCUUGGCCUCCCUCCAGAGAUGGAGCACAUAGUCAUAAAUCACUCAGCUUACACAGGCAUAAACACCACUCUUCCUGAAGGAGGCUUUGCAAUGAAAAACAUAACUGUCCGAAAAAGCAAUGGAAUUGGGGUUUUUGUUAACUCCAGUUUUGGUUCGGUUAGCAUGGAAGGAUGUAUGAUAGUUGACAAUGCCGCAGAUGGCAUAAAAUACGUUGGCCAUGAUCUCCGUCCAGAUUUGCGAACUGAUCGAGCAACUAUACAUGACUUUUGUACCUUGCCAACAACGUCGGGUCAGACCUUUCCGAUAAGUCUAUCGAUGCAUCAGAAAUUCUAUGCUGGAGCGGCUAAGGAAUGUGGCAAAUAUUUCUUUACACAUCCGGAUUACGUGUUGACAGUUCAUUUUGAUUACUUCACUGUCGCACGAAAUGAAUCGGCGACAAUUACAAUAUUUGAUGGUUCUUCCCCUGGGGACCGUGUUUUGUCUUCAUGGAACUUACGCAAUUAUACUCGACACCAAGCUGUUACUAGUACGAAAGAUAAAUUGUACAUUCAGUUUCGAGCGGAAAUGCGAACGGAAGUGUUAGGAUUUAUACGCCUCACAACCGGACCUACACGAACAUUUGACUUAAAGGUAGUUGACUCUGUAGUGGAGGACAACUCUGGACGUGGUAUUGCCAUUGACAACAUCCGCUCUCAGCUGCAAAUUCAGGGGACCACUAUAUCGAAUAAUGGUCAUGUUUCUGGUGUCCAUGUGACAGGUGGCGCUGGAGAUGUCAACAUCACUCACAGCAAUAUAAGCUUUAACAAAGGCGAUGGAGUCAACAUCACUUACUACGGUGGAAAUAGGAAUAUUUCAAGAAGUUCCAUAAGUUCUAAUCAGGGUUUUGGCUUCGCAGUGUGGCUUAACGAAACCAAAGAAAUAGAUCGAAAGGAAUUCAUCCCUUUGAACCAAACAACAACUGUGGAGUAUACAGAUAUGUUCAAUAAUUUAGAGACCGGCAUCAAUCAUGGUAACUUUUGUGCUCCACUUUGGAUCAACAUAACUGGAAAUCAUUUUAAUGCAAGCAAUUUGGACGAUAUUUACAUUGACACUUGUUGGUUUCCCUUGAAAAACCCCAGCGAAGAAGUUCUCAAACUUCAAAUAGGCCACAAUAUGUUUGAGAAUAGCAAACGGAACUCAAUACUUAUGAGUCCUGCUUUGAACUUUGUGGGAAGAAUCGAAUACAAUCAAUUCAGAUAUGGGUCCUAUGGAUCUUUGUAUAUACGGAAUCCUCCUUGGGAUGAGUUCAAUGAAUUACCGGUGAAGCUAAUAAUCCAGAAUAACUACUUCAUGCGAAACAAGGGAGUUUAUGUGGUUUCGUUGGGAUUGUCCCCUUAUAGUGACAAAGACGUUCAAUGGCUUCUGUUUACAAGAAAUUUCGUACGAGAAAACAAGAUUCGAGAGCCCUUUGGCCCAGCCUCCCUUGAAGCUGGAGAAAAGAAGCUAAAUCCGCGUUCCCGAGUUUCGGCACCAAUUGUAGUCUCAUCGAGUAAUGUAGAUAUUUUCCGCAACAUAAUUUCGAACUAUGACUCCCAGUAUGAGAUUGGUUCACAGCUCUGUGAUCAAAGUCAGAUUAUCAAUGCAACUUAUAAUUGGCUUGGCUUCACAAACGAGUUCAAAAUUUACGAAAGACUUUUUCAUCGAAAUGAUCGAUACAAUUUAGCGAAGAUUCAAUAUCUGCCAUAUUUAUUGCACAACUCGAAUCCGGGAAGUUCUACUAUUAUUUCGAUACCAACGUUCGUCCAUAAGUUCUUCAAUGAAGGUUCCGAUUUGCUUGGUGGGGAGGUUGAUGGUCAAGAAAUGAUACCCUCUGGAACCUAUCGAGUAAAUAGGGACAUAAAUAUUCGUCCCGGAGGCAAGCUUAUUCUACAGCCAGAUGUGACGCUGAAAUUUGAUCCAAGUGUGGGGAUGAUGGUUGCAGGAAAGCUUGAAGCAAGAGGUAGAAGACCGGAUGACAUUCUGUUAACAUUAAAGAGAGAAACCCUUAUGCCCCCAACGACCAAUGACACUGUUGAUGUAAAUGGAGAAGAUGUGGAAGCAAUAGACAUGGAAACCGAGUCCAUUAUGAGAAAAGAAGACCUCACAGAUGUUCCAGUUCGAUUGCUCGGUGGAUCUGGGGAGCACGAGGGUCGUUUGCAGAUCUUCCUCGAUGACCGCUGGGGAACCGUAUGUGACUACGGUUGGAAUAUAAUAAAUGCUGCCUUGGUAUGCCAUCAUCUCGGGUAUACUCUCAACCCUCUAGACUGGCGACUGCAUCCUUCACAAAUGCCAGGAGUUGGCACAACGGAAGACGUUAUUGCUUCAAACAUUCGAUGUACGGAACAUGAUGUUGACAUAACCAAAUGUCGCUCAGAGAGAAUAUCUCGCGGCGAAUUCGAGAAUUCAUGUUCACACGAUAAUGACGUUGGGGUCCGUUGUCACGAUGGAGGUUGGGCUGGCUUGAGAUUCAGUAUGCUAGCUGAACGUGCAGACCUCCAGUACGUUACUGUCGAGAAGGCUGGUUUGUUUGAUUAUAAAACCAACUCGUUCAAGCCUGCAGUCCAAAUGGAUUUUGCCAGACACAACUUGGAAAAUGUUCGCAUUGUUGAUAAUUUGAAUGACGGUCUUGGAGUCAUUUAUUCAGAUGUCUUUGGAGGAAAAUCCAUCAAUAACAUCAAGAACAGUGAAUUCACAAACAAUAAGGGUGAUGGAAUAAGUCUGAAGCAGUUGGGCUUGCGAAUUCAUGGCUCAUUGAUAAAAGAUAAUCUCGGCAGUGGAAUUUCACACAACCCAGUCGUUUCUGCAGUCGAUCAGAGGGAGCUUGGUGGAUGGUUUAAAAUGGCACCAGACUUCAAUACCUUUGACACAGACUACGAACCUGUAUUCCUUCCAAAACAUGACUUUAAUUUCGAUCUCGGCACAUGGCAAACAAAAUACAUAAUAACCGAAAAACAGUCAGGUGAAAAUGUGAUCAGAAAAAUGGCGAUCCGAUGCCAGCCGGGUUAUGUCAUGGGCAUCCAGCUCUUGAAUCCCAUCGAAAACCGAUCAACAGAACGAAUAUCCAUUCUUGAUUCUCAGACAGAAAACGAUCGAUCAAAAUUGUGGGAAGUCAAACGAGAUCUGAGUGUGUUUCCAGUAACUAGCAGCAGUUACGGAAUCAUUUUGUACUAUGAAAGUGGUAAGAAUGCCUUGGGAGGUGCUGUGAUUAUGCUUUCAACACUGUCAGCACCUGUUCAGGACGUUCGAAAUCGAGUGACUGGAGGACCAAUUCCUUCGCUGACCAUCAGAUCAACAAAAAUCCAGAAAAAUGCUCGAGCCAUUUCGGCCUUCUACUACAAUCGGUACUUUGGACAAAACGGUGAACAUUACCUUCGAAAGGCCAACGAAUCAAUCAAGAUUUCCAAUUCCGAAAUAAGUUCUAACGAUGCUGAAGCAUUUCUGGUGAAGGCACCAUUUUGGGAUGUCCAUUCGAGCAACAUCUCCGAGGUGACAAUUCACAUCAAUAACACGUUAAUCUUCCAAAAUGGCCUAGGCAUUCGUCACGUCUCUAAGGAUCUUCGUUCUUCGAAUAACCUCUUCCACUAUGCCUUGCAAGACAAUACCAUCGAGUCGAAUCUUCAUGGAGGCUUGGACAUCUCACUUCCGUACGUCUGGCAGUAUAACGAGAAUUUCACGCACAGCAUCUUUCUGGGAAACAAUACCUGGAGGCGGAAUAGGGAUUUCAUGAUAAACAUUAAGGGUCACUACGCCUCCGUGAACUUCACUUCAAACUUAUUCCUCGACAAUGACUGUCGGAAGGGAUUGAUCGCAUUAGAUGGCAUGGAGAAAAAAUUGAAGUUUGAUUACAAUCGAAUGGAGAACAACAAUGGUAAAUUCGUCUUUGAAGUCAAGGCUGACAGUUUAAGUGAGAUCAUCGGAGAAGUCCCAGCUAUUUUCGAGUACAACACAAUAAAGGAUAAUCGAUACGACCCGGUAGCUAGCUACCGAGCUUCUAUAAUGCGUUCUCAAAUAAGAACCUUAAAACAAGAACAGAGGUCUUUACCGAAAACAGCUGUCAUUCGUUUCGACGGAGUUCAGAAGGUAAAAAUCCACAGAAAUUUGAUUGUACAGAAUUCCAUGGAUUUCGACUUGAUAGCGGGAGUCAGAUCAGCCAGGCUCAAUAACUUCCUCUAUGCAAUGGAGAACUGGUGGGGAUCUUCGGAUCCAGCAUACAUUCGGUCGAGAAUCUUUGAUUUUGACAACUGGAACAACCACGCAGAAGUUGUAUUCCAGCCAUACCUUAUCGAGAACUCCUUCGAUGCCAGUGUAUCAGUGGACUCGAGCACCAAUCACGGCAAAGAGUUAAAUGCCAAUACAAAUAAGAUUGGAGGAAGGAUAUCAGGAGAUUUUGUGUUGAAGAGACGACCAGAGCCUUACAAUGUUAUCUCGGAUAUCACUGUUAUGCCAGGUGUAACGCUGACGAUACAAUUUGGAACAGUUUUGGAAUUCGAACCGAAUGUAGGUAUCCUCGUUUUAGGAACUCUUAAUGCCAUUGGAUAUAAAGAUUCCCAAAUAAUUAUGAAACCACGACCUCCCAAGUCCCAUGAAUCUUAUACCAUGCUUAACAAGAGAUCCUUGGAAAAUCUUGUCUCACAUGAUUCCAUACGUUUGUGUACUGCAAGAAAUUGUUCAUCUAGAGCUCAUGAUGAUGAAAUGUACUCUGUGCACGAAGGGUUCUUGGAGUACUUCAAUCAUACAACUCUUCAAUGGGUGCCGAUUUGUGAUAAAAGGUUUACCGAAAGAAAUGCACAGGUGGUGUGUCGAGAGCUUGGAUAUGACCCGCUGAAUGUUUACUAUGGUCAUGAUCGUCGUAUUGAGUUCCACACGAAUUCCCUUACUCGAAUUUGGUCAUGGGUUCAGCCAUUGGAAUGCAAAGGAGAUGAAAACAGACUAGAAGACUGCACUGAGAGGUUAAAUGGACAAUUGUACGGCAGACUUCAUGAAUGCCACUGGAAUGAUGAAUUCGUCUUCGUGAGUUGUUAUGGGAACAUGGAAACCGAUGACGCCACAUAUUGGGGUGGAAUACGAUUCGCACAUUCAGACUUCGAGCAAAAUUUAUACGAAAAUCGCGUACAUGAUAUCAGGACUCAUGGUCUGAUGUCAGCUAAAGAAAGUCAAUUGGAAUAUGUGCGUAUAGAACAUGCUGGAAUCUUACAUAAUGAGAAAUCAUCCGCCAUUCAGGCAAUCUUCAAGAAUCCAAAGAUCACUUCGGUUACCAUUCUUAACUCAGCUCACCAUGGCAUCAAUCUUAUUUCGCCAAGUGGCUCAGUGAACUUGAAUUUACUUCACAUUAACAAUACUUUCGGUAAUGGAUUGAAUAUCAUUUCACUGACUGGCGAAGGGCGAGAAAGUGAUCUUUCCAGUUUUGUUCCUCUGAAAUCAUUGGAUCUUUCUUACCAUCUCUACUCUCUUGUCGACAUCUGUGAUCCAAACAAAGUGAUAACAGUAGAAGAACGAAUUCUUUUGUACUACAAAUACGACAAUAAUCCAGUUAACUGUGUCAAAAUUUUCAACGCAGUCUAUCGGGCAAAGCCUGUUGGAUUCCGCUUACUGCAGUCGAACUUGUUUAAUCAUUCCAAGGAGUAUGGCCGGCCAGAUACUAUCCAGUUGUACGAUGGCGACAUCUAUAAUAUUUCUUCCAAAUUCCUUGGACAGAUUGAAGCUGAUUCAUCGAAUCAAAAUUCAUUUUUCAAGACUACUGGGCCAACUUUGAGUAUACGUCUUAUUGCGAGUGGUGCUCCAGAAACACAUGGAUUCAUUGCCGAGGUUGUCACUGUGCCAAUUUCAGCCAUUGGACUAAAUCGAGAUGCACAACAUAAUUUGACAUACUCUCAAAUCAGUGGAACUACGAAGUCUGCAGUCACAUAUGCAUCCGCUGGAGAGGUGUCACCUACAUUUACUCUGGGUUCAAAUAAAUUCAAAAACAACUGCCGACAACUGUAUGGAAACUUUUCAACUUGUGAAAGUGCUCUUAGAGUUGAUGUUCAAAACAUGCAGUCAUUUUUCUUUACGAACAAUUUGGUACAAGAAAAUCAAGGAGGUUUAUAUAUUCGAGCCGAUUCCCGUGGGACAGCAACUUCUUUGAAAGGCUUUAUUCAGCAUAACCUCUUCGUGAAAAAUCAUAAUCGACCUACAUUGCAUAUUGAAGCCAGACAAUCUUCACCGUAUCAAGAAGUUAUACUUUAUAGGAAUUAUAUUGCCCAAAACGAUGCUAACUAUCAUGACGUCAUUCGAUUGAAACAAGUCAUAUCGAACUUUACAUACAAUUACGUCCAUAGUAAUAUUGGAAGUAGAAUUAUGGAGGUGUCAGGUUUCAACAAAGUUCGACUUCCCAUCUACCAAACAACAGCGCACAACGGAUUUUAUGAAAACGUUGCCACCAGUUAUCAAGGACGAGCAACCAUUGUAGCUGGAACUGCUGGCCAACAAUAUGUCGACAAUAUAUUCCAAAACUUUGAGAAUGACUACGAAAUGAUAACCGUUAAUAAUUCAAACUAUGAUAUGCAGUAUUGGAACAGCACUAUUGAGCUGUGGAAAUCUAAAGUAGACGCACGUCACAAUUACUGGAGUUUCAAUGAAUCAAUCUCAGUGCAAUCACGAAUUCGUGAUAAAUCAGAUGAUCCAUAUUUGCUAGAAGUAGAAGCAGUUCCAUUCCAAAUGAACAAUCAGACAAUUCUUGAUGGAAAAUGUCCACCAGGAUGGGCUCUAGUGAUGGAUACUUGUUUCAUCUACAUUGGUGCUCCGAUGCCAUUCCGAGAGGCUAGAGACUUUUGUCGUUCAGAUAAUGCAUCGAUGCCAUUUAUUCGAACUGACAGUGCUACUUUGUGGGCUUAUCUUCAGAGCCAAAUGCAGCAUUUGAAAUAUCCAGAAAAAGUUUGGAUCCAAGACUACAAUCACAUUGACAAGUGUACCAGUUUUAUCUUCCGAGAUAUUGAAGUUGAAGAGUGUAAUCUAGAGCUAGGAUUCAUUUGUGAAAUAGAUCCAAAGGUUGUAAUUGAUCCAUUAUCCUGGAGAGCUGAUGUCUUCGCAGUAAGCAUCAUCUCAGCAUUUAUUUUAGCCAUCAUACUCCUGAUUAUGAUGGCUUUCUGUUGGUAUGCCAAGUCCAAACAUAGGCAUGUUCAACGAUUGCAGAGGAGAAACAGUAUUCGGCAGAGUUUAAGAAGCUUAAACGGCAUUGAUCCUCAAGGAUCUUUACGGCGACGCAAUUUCAACGUGUCAUCAUCAACAGCAACACUUACACGGAAUUUAGCUCAAGACUAUAAGAAAAUGGAAUCCAAUGGAUCAAUUGAUUCAAUGGACAAGAGUGUAUUAAGUUCGACAGCUAGUUUUGAUACAUACGAAGGACCAAGUGUCAGUGGGAAGGAAUUUUUUAACCAAACCGCUGAGACUCAUAAGAUCCAACCUCAUACCACAAAAUACGGGGAGUACUCCAAUCAAAGUCCUUCAAAAGGUGCACAUGUUUCUGGUCAUGGGAAUGAGCCAAGGGUAGCCACAAUUGGUACGCCUAGAGGAACGGGCAAGGCGAUUUAUGCCUCCAAUCCAUCAGAACGUUUUGAGCUAUCCUACCGUAAUGAAGGCUACAGAGACAAUUCAACUUUUGCAAGUACAAGGAACAAUUCCACAAACGCCAGUCUAACUGAAGACUCACCCAUAAUUCACUUAACAGAUACUGGAGAUAUGGAUGAAAUAGGUUCGGAUUACUAUGGCAAUGCCAGUACACUGCCUUUGAGAACCCACAAUGAGAACUUGGCGUUCUUAAAUGAACUUAAACACACUCUUCCCGAGUAUAAACCAGGAGAAAAGGAACAAAGUCAUAGUAGUUUUCUUCCCUACUCAUCUAAUCAGUCACAAUCCAGUACGCUACCCUAUGAAGAGAAAAUUGAUAACUUCAACUUCACACCAGCCGAUAACAAUCCGAGGAAAGACUAUCAAGACUUGGUCAGAGAAAAUGCUCAUCACGAAAAUCCAGCCGAUAUAAGACGUCCCGAUUCGUAUUACACUGCAGUUCGAAGUAGUAAGGCUCCGCCACAAUUUACUCAGCCGACCCUACAUCCCCAUAGAGAGGCCAACAAACGCCCAAAGACUGUUUACCAAACUGCCGACCAAGAGCCACGCUCUAGUUCCUAUAUGCGAUCCAAAUCGGAGGCAUUACUCGAAACAAAUUUCGACGAAGAAGGAUCAAGCAGUCCAAUGAAUCCGCUCCAGCAAGAUAGCCGUAGUUACAGCCAGCCACUGGAAACUGCUAUGUAGUUUUUAAAUUCGAAAAAGAUCAUUAAUAUUUUCAUUUAGUUCUUAAGUUUUUGUAAAUAGACAAUCGAACGAACUUUUUGCGAAGCGAAAACAUAGUUUAGUAUUAUUAAUAAUUGUAAUGCCAAGUUUUUGACACAAUUUAUGAUAGUUUUUUUUUACAUAUACCUAUAAAAUAUUUAAAAUAAGAACAAGAAUUUAAUUAAUGUUUAAUAAGUGCUUAGAUUUAAUAAACGCAAUUCGAAAUUGUUUAAAAUAUUUUA